UUUGAAGCUCUGGCCAAUGCUGCCACUGCACACCACAUGUUGCUGUAUGGAUGUGAUGGUGAACCUUUUUCUACAGACAGCAUCUGGAACUGUCCACCAAUGUGUAAAAAUGGUCAGCCUACAAUAAUGUUUGCCUGGGCUAAGAAUGCUCCUCCAACAGUUAUGCCUAAAGGUGUAGGUCUCAGGGUCGGCAGGAAAACAUCAAUUAAGACUAUUGUACUCCAGGUACACUAUGCAAAGAUUUUGAAGGCCUCAGUAUGUUGCUGGUAUAUUUUUAUUAGAUUCUGGGGACUUCACCAUUCUUCUACAUACGCCUUCUAUCCAGUGAAGGAAGUAAUUGAAGUCAAACCAGGAGAUGCUGUAGCUGUUAGAUGCACUUAUAACUCAAGCUCGAUGGAUCAUGUUGUUGGUGUUGGGUCAACAGGCAAUGAUGAGAUGUGCAAUUAUUACAUCAUGUUCUACACAGACAGUUCUGUGGCUGACCCAUCAGGAGAAUGUGCUUUCGAUGAACUUACACAGCUGACUGGAAAAAAAUUUCCCAUAGAUGUCAGCGUUCCUCUUCCACCCAAUCCAGCCCUUGAAGAAGUAGCUAUAGGAUCUCAUCACCAUGCUGGCAUGAAUCAUCCAGGUGAAGCCAAUGAUAAGUUUGAAGCUGUAGCUGACGCCAACAGAGCUCAUCACAUGCUGUUGUAUGGAUGUGAAGGUGAAGCCUGUUCUCAGAACUGUCCUGCAAUGUGCAAGAAUAGUCAUCCUGUGAUUUUAUUUGCUCGGGCUAAAAAUGCUCCUCCAACUAUCUUGCCUAAAGAUGCUGAAGAUGAAGACCACUCAGGUUUGAAGAUUUAUGUCACACACAAAAAGCAGCCAUAUGUUGCAGGAGUUUUUUUCUUGGCAUCUGCAUCGUUUAGGAUACCUCAAGGACAUUCCUCCACAUGCCCAUGGUUUAGAUGUUCAUUUGGAGAAACCUAUAUUCAAUUCAUCAUGGAUAGAAGAGUCUAUUACAUUUGGUUAGGUGUGGCUAUUGACACAAGUGGCUCUAGAAAAUGGACUGCACAGUAUUUUAUGCCUCAUGGUAUUACAGCAGACCAUCAAGGCACUAUUUGGUUAACAGAUGUAGCAAUGCAUCAGGUUUUUAAAACAUCACCAGGUCAGACUGAACCAAAAAUGACACUAGGACAGAAGUUCCAGCAUGGUGAAGAUACAAAUCUUUUUUGUAAACCUACUGAUGUAGCUGUUCUUAUGUCUGGAGAGUUUUUUGUAUCUGAUGGGUACUGUAAGAGCAGAGUUCUGAAAUUUUCCAAAGAUGGAACUUUUUUGAUGUCCUUUGGGAAAAGAAACGUUCAGUUUGGUGCAGUUCCUCCUGUUGUGACAUUUGACAUCCCUCAUAACAUCACUGUGUCAGAGGAGCAUCAUUUGGUUUGUGUGGCUGACAGAGAGAAUAAUCGCAUACAAUGUUCUGAUCUGGAUGGAAAUUUCAAGCAGGUCAUCAAACGCCCAGAAUUUGGUCCACGGCUGUUCGCUUUAGAAUAUUGUCCUGCACAUGGAGGUUUACUGUAUGCUGUGAAUGGUCCUGCUUUUGAGAUUUGUUGGAAAUGUGGAAUGUACCAGAUGUAAGGUUCUAUUUCAUGUGACAACAAAACUCAGCUUGGUUUAACUACAAAUAGCUAAUCUCUCUGUUUCAUUGUAUCAUAAUUUAUCAAAGUUAUGUUUUAUUUACUUAUUCUUAUUCAACUUUUACAAAGUAAAAAUGUUAUGAAUGAAAAAAAAUGUAUUUUUUGUAAAUUUAGUUACAGUUAUAUUGAAUAGAAUUAUUUAUGUUAGCAACUUUUGAAUGCAUCACAUAAUUUUAAUUUGACAAAGAAACUGAAAAUCAUUUCAAUUAAAGAUUGUUGACUGUUGUUUCACCUCAGAUGAAUUGAUUACAUUUUAAGAGGUUAUCAGAUAUUUAUAUUUAUGACAUACAAUC